GAACGGCGCGCGCAGGCUGACACGACGCGGCGCGGGGUGGGAGCUUGACAGGGCAAGGAGCGAGGGCGGAAGUGAGCUGGGCAGGCACCUUCCGCUUCCGAUGUGGCCCUGACUGGUAGCCAUGCCAGCCUGUUGACAUGGAGGUGUGAGCUCCCUGUGAGCUCCCCUUUAACACCGGCAGUUUCAUUGCCACCCCAGCCCUCACCCCCAGCUCUACAGACACAAAGGCCUUCUCUGAAGCCCCUGCUGGACUGAGGGGCCCUGCCCCCACUUGCCUGUCUCCCAGUGCCAGACCCACCCUGCUGUCACCAUGUCGACUUCAUCACUUCGGCGCCAGAUGAAGAAUAUUGUGCACAACUACUCAGAGGCAGAGAUCAAGGUGCGGGAGGCUACAUCCAAUGACCCAUGGGGCCCGUCUAGCUCGCUCAUGUCCGAGAUAGCUGACCUCACCUACAACGUGGUUGCAUUCUCUGAGAUCAUGAGCAUGAUCUGGAAACGCCUCAAUGACCAUGGCAAGAACUGGCGCCACGUCUACAAGGCCAUGACGCUAAUGGAGUACCUGAUCAAGACAGGCUCAGAGCGUGUGGCACAGCAGUGCAAGGAGAACAUCUACGCUAUCCAGACUCUGAAGGACUUCCAGUACGUUGACCGUGAUGGCAAGGACCAGGGGGUCAAUGUGCGUGAGAAAGCCAAGCAGCUGGUGGCUCUGCUCAAGGACGAUGAGCGUCUCAAGGAGGAGCGUGCCCAUGCCCUCAAGACUAAGGAGAAGCUGGCCCAGACGUCCACAGCCUCCUCAGCCUCAAGUGCCAGUGCCCCCACAGAUGCAGAGCAGGCCUGGCCGCAGAGCAGCGGGGAGGAGGAGCUGCAGUUACAGCUGGCAUUGGCCAUGAGCAAGGAGGAGGCUGAGCAGCCCCCUGCCGCAGCUGAAGAGGACCUGCAGCUCCAGCUUGCCCUUAGCUUGAGCAAGGAGGAGCACGACAAGUCAGGGGCAGCAUCACCUCCGUGUUCUGGGGGUCUCUUGAGGGCCCCGCUCUUCUCAGCGUGUCCAGGUGCCUGCAUACAGGAGGAGCGCAUCCGUCGAGGAGAUGACCUGCGCCUCCAGAUGGCCAUUGAGGAGAGCAAGAAGGAGACUGUGCCGGCCCGGAGUGAGGAGUCAUCACUGAUGGACCUGGCUGACGUCUUCACAGCUCCAGCCCCCCCAGCCAUAGGGGACCCCUGGAACACCACAGCCCCUGCUGACCCUUGGGGCACUUCUGGGCCUGCCCCAGCUGGGCCCCCAGCCUCUGACCCAUGGGGUGGGACCCCUAGUGGCCCACCUCCCAGCAGUGACCCAUGGGGGGCAGCUGCCCCCAUCCCUGCUGUGGCCUCUGCAGAUCCCUGGGGAGGUGACCAAACCACCACCAACUCAGAUCCCUGGAAUUCUGAAGGAGGGGGUGCUGCUGGGAGCGGAGCAGCUCCCACCAAUGACCCAUGGGCAUCAGUCCCAGCUCCCACCCCCACUGCCCAGGUGAAGCCCCCACAGGACCCUUGGGCCCCAGCACAGACCUUCUCUGACCCUUGGGGAGGCUCUCCAUCAAAGCCCAGCACCAAUGGCACUGCAGCUGGUGGAGGCUUUGAGCAGUUCGGCAGCCCUGGUGAGACUGAUGAGUUCUCUGACUUUGACAGUCUACGUACAACGCUACCCAAAUCUGGGAGCAGCACAGGGGAACUGGACCUGUUGGCAGGGGAGGUGCCAGUGUCACGUGUAGCUGGCACCAAGAGCCCCAGCACCUUCGACAUGGCGGCUGUCGGGGGGUCACUGGCUGAGGUCUCCAAAUCCACACGCAAGACCCCUGAGUCCUUCCUGGGACCCAAUGCUGCCCUUGUCGACCUGGACUCACUUGUCUCUGCCAAGCCCCCUGCUGCCCCGACUGCCAAGACCUCCAACCCCUUCUUGCCCACUGGGGCAGCUCCAGUGGCAUCGGCAACAGCAGCAGGACCUGUGGCAGGCGCCUCAACCACCAACCCAUUCCAGCAGCCUCAGGCAGCUUCCCUCACCCUCAGCCAGCUGCGCGUCAGCCCUGUAAUGGCACUGGGGCAGCCUGGGCCAACUGUUGCUCCCAUGGUCUCUGUCUCCCCUAUGGGUCCUGGUGUGCCCCUCACCUCUGUCUCCCCUAUGGUGGGAAUGCAGCCUUUGGCACCUGUGCCCACACCUGGCCUGCCUGCUAUGGGGCUGCCUCCCAUGAUGGCCCCACCACCUGUGGGACCUGGAACCACCUCAGCCCAGAGCCUGGCCAACACUAACCCCUUUCUGCUAUAAGGGGAUAGGCUGCUGACCCCUCCCCAGACAGGGCUGACCCUGGGCAGCGUAUUAUAGCCCCCCCCAUCUCCCUCCCAUUGUCUCAGUCCCCCAGGGCCUCUGUCUCCUCCCCCUAGUCCUGGGGUAUUAACAGGAGGGUCUAUGGGAGUGAAUUACCCCUACCCCAGGGCUCUGCUUAACUGCCCCAUUCGUGGGGUGGGAAUGUUAAGCCCUGCCUCUCUAUUUUCAGCCCUGGAUUGGGGCAGGGCUUGAGCUUGGUCCUGUGUGACUGCUCUGGGGGAGGGGGUGGGAGCUCUCUGGCCUGUGGGUCUUCAACCCUGCCUCCACCUUAAAUUUCUGCCUUUAACCUGCCCUCUGUACCCUCUACCUUCAUGAAUUUUGGGUGCUGCCCCUUUAAAUUAUCAGUGCUUCUUAGCUCUGAGACUCUCAAACCACACUAAUGUCGCAGCUUGGGCCCUUAAGGGGGCAGCUGCGGCCCCAGUGCACACACUCCUCCUCCCUGCCCCUGGAGGUCUUGAUGCCUGGAAGGGGAGGACACUGUGCUGCCGCCCAGGGGGCUGCAGGACUGCCCAGGGGCAGGAUCCCCCUUUCCCACGGGCAGCACUGGGACCUGCUUGGAGACCUAGGGCCAACUCCAGCCUGUGGGGCUGGCUGGAGAAGAAGGAACGAAGGCGGGUGAGCUACCCCCGCCCCCCCAGGCCCGGCUGCUGUGGGGUGGGCUGGGCUGCGGCUGCUCGUGCCUGCGCCUCGGGGGCGGAUCUGGAUCUUUGUCUCCUGGACCAAAGG